AUGGAAGACCCUUACCUCUUCCAACCCCUCCUGAUCCCAAAAACUACCAGCACAUCCUUCAACACCACCUCCACCUCCUUAGAUGCUGACUACAUCAAGCUAUGCUCUUCCAAUUCUAGCAUCAUUCUUCGGCUUCUUUUGAUCAUUUCAAUUGGAAUUAUCUCCAUAUGGGCAAACUAUGAAGCAUCAAAAGGCUUCGGUAUUACAUUAGUCAACGAGGCCGAAGAAUCUGCAGAAGGCAAACGCUUCAAUCUCUUGUACAUAUCCAACGACAAAGCCACCCGUAUAGUCCAAAACACUAGCUCCUUUGUUGAAAACCUUCUUUACCCAGAUAUCAACAACACCAAGAAGCAAGUGAUCAACCAUGUCACUCUAAGGCUGGCCAGCAACAACCUACCAAACUUGGUCACGGUAGACGCUAACACUAACAAUGAGUUUGUCAUCAGCAUAAGUCCAUUAAUGUUAACGGACCAUACUAAAAACCUUGAUCAUGCAAUUAAAUCAAUUGUUUUACAAGGUAUGGCUCGUGUAUGGCUAUGGAACCCCGAGUCUAGGGCUCCUCCAUGGAUUCUCGAGGGCAUGGUAGAGUAUAUUAAUAGGUUGAUGGGUUUUGGUCCUGUAAGAAAUUUUGGUGGUCACGAGUCACUUGAUGACCCAUUUGGUAAUUUUCGCUCAGGAGAUAAAGACCCAAAGGUUGUGGCGAAAUUUUUGGAGUGCUGUGAGACCUGGCGUGAAAAGGGGUUCAUCCAACGGUUAAAUAAAGCUCUAAGAGAUGAUCAUCAGUGGAUAGACUGGACGGUGGAGGAUGUGCAAGGGAUGUCGGUACAGAAUCUAUGUGAUUCGUGCAAGAACACAUCACAUGGGAUGUCGAGCUGGUGA